UUUCCUUUGUUACUGUGUUUACGCUCUUUUUUUCUAGGCUAGAAAUAUGGGUUUGUAGUUGAGUUUUUAGUCGAAAACUUUCCCAGUGUAGUCAUUUAUUUACCUGUUAAAAUGUUGUGUGAUGAGUUGGCUGCGUUGGUGCUGGAGGAUGACCGAGAGGAGCGUAUGGACACAUCUGACACACCGUGGUGCUGGUACUACAAGGCUAAGUGUGGUGUCUGGCACAGGGUUGAGGAUGACCCAACGAGUUUUAUGUCCAGUGAUGAUCUGGAGAGAUAUUACCUCAGAAACACACAAGGUGUUAUAACCAUGACUACUGCUGGAGGUCAGUUCCAGAUUAACUUUGCAGCAAGCACACAAGUUAAUUUAAAAACUGGGAAAGAAAAACGGAUUAAACGCUCAUUUCAGACUGAGAAUGGAUUCAGAUGCAAAUGUGAUGAGAUUUCUUCAUCUCCAACAGCACGCUGGAAGGAUGUUGAUCCCAAAAAGCCUUAUCAGUUAAUCUCUCUGAGAAAAGAUAGCAGUGAAUAUCAGGCGGUGGAGAGAUUUGUCAGGGAUGAUGGCUUACUGCAUGUUCCAAUCAUUUCCAUCAAAAGAAUACAGAACACGGACCUUUGGGAACUGUUUUGUAGGAAAAAAAUCCAGUUGAUGAGGAUAAAAGGACAAUCAGAUAUUGAAGAGCAAAUGCUGUUUCAUGGCACAGAUGCAAAAAACAUGCACUCUAUUUGCACAUUUAAUUUUAACUGCAGACUAUCAGACAAGAAAAGAAGGGGACACGUAUAUGGCAAAGGAACAUACUUUGCAAAACAUGCAUCCUUUGCUGACAAAUACAGUAACACCAGGCAGGGACCCAAAGUUAUGCUGCUUGCCCGCGUUAUAGUCGGGAAGUACAAAGCAGGCCAUGAAGAUGACUGUACACCUAAUGAUGACCAGGAUGAAAACAGACAUGAUAGUUGUGUAGAUAAUACGCUCUAUCCAAAAGUUUUUGUUAUCUUUGAUUCCAAUCAGAUAUAUCCAGAGUACAUGCUUGAAUAUCGCAGCAACUAAUUUAUAUUAAAAAUGAAUGCUGGGAGACCUAGAAUGUGUGUAAAAUGCCAGAAUGUUUAUAUAAUACAGGAUAAUGCAGAACUAAGGUGUCUUUGGGAAAAUAUUUUUGCAAAAGUUUCGGAUUUAAUGGAAGUUUUAAAGAAGAUUUGAUGGAUUUAAAGGGAAGUCAUUUAAUGUUAUACUGAAUUAAUUUAACAUUUAUUUUCACCCAUAUACAGUAAAGACCAUCGGAAGCUCACUUGAAGUAAUGAUUUCCCCUCCACUCUUGGCCAAAAAUCAUUCCAAAAAAGGAUAAAUACGAGUUGAGAUCACAGAAUUGAUUACCAAAGGAUCAUUAUGGGAGUUGGAGCUCAACAGACACAUAUCCCACAAAACUGAAAGGUGCCAUGUUGAAACUAAACACAAUACUUUAGUGUAGCUACAGUAUACAUGGACUUCAUUUUUAGCCUCAUGAUGUGAAAACGGGGCACUUCUAAAUAAAGAAUCAAUCAAUA